AUGGAUCCAAACCAACUCAACUCUUUCUUCAAUUACUUACAAAACUUUCCUCAAAUUUCAAAUACCCAACAAUCUCAAACCUCAAACUCUCAAGUUCCAAAUCAAAACUUCACACCACCAAAUACAUUUCAAAAUCCAAAUCCACAAAAUCUUUCUAAUUUCAAUUUUCAAGCUCCUUAUAAUAAUCAAUUUCCUAUAUUCCAACCGCAAAAUCAAAAUUCACAAACACCCCAUUUUCCAUUUUCAUCCAUAUUUAACCCCUCUAUCGGAAAUGUUACUCCAACUUCCUUGCCGUUUCCAACUCAAUUCAGUGCAUCAAGACAUAACUCAUCUGGUGUUGGUGGCUCUUCUAACCCAUCCUCUCAGACUCCUACACAAUCUAGUCCAAAUUCGCAAUAUUCAGAUUUUGCCAACCCUCAUGGAUUAGAUGCUAUCGACCUCAAUGAUGAUAUUGAAGAUCGGAGGCAAGAUAGUAUUCAACACUGGCAUUGGAAAGAGGAUGAGAUGUUGAUCAGUGCAUGGUUAAAUGUUUCAACUGACCCUGUAAUUGGUACCGAUCAAAAGGGGGAACAUUUUGGAGUCGAAUUCAUAGCUACUGUGUAG